CGGAAUGUUUGUGUUCUUGGAGGGAAGUUUAACUAAUACAAUCGUGCAGCCUCAUCAAAACACUAAUAUUACGUGGGUAAACAGUUUGUGAAUGUUUUUAGAGUUUGACAGCACUCCUCCAGUUUAAAUAUUUAAUGAAUAGAACGGAUGAGUUUUAAUUGAUUGUUGGUUAGUUGUACAGGAAACGUAGUUCGAUAUCUGCAAUGGCUUUUGCAGCUUCUCAGACGCUAAUAGUUAGCUCGGCUAGCAAACGAUAACAUCAAUUAAUCGAUCUUUAGGUCAAUCGGGUUCAUAGAUAAUUUUUAAACGGACAACGGUGAUCAUGGCUCAAAAGCCGAGAAGGCUGGAAACUCAACUGUGCAAAGCGGUGAACAACGGAGAACCCAGAUCAGUGCAGCUACUUCUUUCACAGGGUGCCUGCCCUGACUUGGUGGGUAGUAAAGGGGUGGCAGCUAUACACUUGGCUGUUGGGAAAGAGACAGAGAAGAACACACGCUGCUUGAAAUUGUUGCUUCAACAUGGAGCCGACCCAAAUAUUAGGUCUUCGGAUGGCCUGACUCCUCUUCACAUUGCUGCAUUGUGGGGAUGUUAUCAAAAUAUUAAAAUUCUCUUGAUGAAUGGAGGGGACCCAACCAUCAAAGAUAAUGAAGGGAAAACACCAGGGCAGCUUGCAGAGAAACAGGAAAAUCGAAAAUGUGCCCAGCUUCUUAAGCAGUAUCAGGCCAUGUCACUGAACACAGAGGAGGACGAUUUGCCUAAAUUCCAAUACUCUGUGCAUUCAGAUCAUAUGGACGUAUCCAGCUACCCUGAAUCUGACUACACCUUUAAUUCCAACUCGUCUAUGAUAAGUGACUUUAAUGAAGCCCCGCUGAGCAGCACAAGGCGCUCAUCAUUUUUCAACCUGUCUACUAUUGAUGGUAGGCCAAGUAGCAGAGGAAUACCAUGUAACAGACUUUGUGAUGUGGACACUAAGAGGCAUGACAGCCAGGAACGGAACAGUUCCUCCUUAAACUGGGUAUCUAAUGGCCCCUACGUACUAUCAAGCACUCGCAUGUCUGCAAUAGGACCUGCAGUUGCAAUGCCAGUUCUUAAUGAGGACGAUUUAUGUACUGCUGAUGAUGUGUUCACAUCCAAAGCAAGCAAACACGCUUCUUCAACUGAUGACAGAACCUUUCCCUCCAAAUCAGACACUUUUCCAGAGUUUUUGUCCAAGCGAAUGAGCUGUAAGAGUGUGGGCUUCAGAGAUGUAGAUGAAUAUUUCCCUGUUUUUAAUCCUGAAUCUCCCAAACAGCAGUCUGCUGUUGAUGGCAGUCAGUGCGCUAGCAACUUAUCUUUUGACCUUUCUGAAUACGCGGACUUUUUGCAUGUAGAACGCAUGGUCACUGUUUUAUGCAAGCAGGGCAUCGAUGUCACAUCACCAGAUCAUGUUUAUGUGUUCCGCAGGAAGAGUAGCACAGGCAUAGAAGAGGAUAUGGAGAAAACAGUCAUCAGACACUGUGCUUUGGAAGAGAGUGAUUGCGAGCAGGAGGGUGAACUUCUAAAAGAGACUCGGGGAAAUCUACCUGAACAGCCAGCACAUUUGUGUGGGGGCAGCAGCGGUAGUAGUGGGACUACUAGCAGUCAUUACAGUAGCUGUGAGAGCGACCAUUACACCAGUGCUCUUAGUGCUUCCAUACACCCCAUGAAUAUUUUGCUCCCUGCGGUAGAGGAGGCUUCUGUUGGGACUGAAUCUGCUAAAAACACUCCAGAUUCUGAAUUUACUAGGCGAAAUGCAAACCUACAACUUGUUCAGGCUGAACCCCUGAUAAAUGUAGUACCUAAAACUAUAGAACAGUUACCAGAUAUACUUGAAAAACUGUCCUUGUCUGAAAGAAAUCAUUCAGAUGGUAUUUUUGAGGCACGUAGUGGUCCUGUUGUGGAUACUAAAACUGAAGAUGGUGUUGACAAGCCAGUAGCAGACAUCAAAUGUGAUGAUGGAGUUGGUGCAUUAGAGGAAAACAUCAACCUCUCAUUCACACCAAGUCCUUUCGUAACUGGCAGGACUCGCCAGAGGUUGAGUCGUUGUUCACUGAGAACAAGCAGAAUGCCUGAUAGUUUCCUCUUCAACUCUUCUCUGUUUGAGGAGUCUCUACCUAUGCCAGUUCGAGCAUGCCGCCACACACCCAGGAGUCAAAGCAGUGAAGAUUAUUACAGUUCACCAAAUGCAUUCAAAAAACUAUCUGAAUCAGAAAGUAACGCAGGAGGAAACACCUUGCCAGUGGAUUACCGGGACACACAGUCCAGCACCCUGAGAGUUGGUUCAAGUGUUAGCAGUAGCCAAGCAGAUACCAUCAUCCUUUCCAAGGGCAUAAGUGACAUUGCCUCUGAGUCAGAGACUGUAUCUGAUACAGUCAUACUCGAGAAAAACCAAGAUUCUUCAGUGGAUGCUUAUGAAAGAAACCUUGCAGAGGUUAUACUUGCUAUGCGAGGCCAGGACAGAGAUCUUACUGAGGACAGCGAUUUUCUGACCGAUGAUCUGACAAGUGCGGACGAGAUAAAGGGAAACAUAAAUGAUGGUCUUGGUGUAGGCACAGAGGAGAGCCUAAAAAAUGAAGAUGUCUGGAUCACUGAGAACUGUAGCUCUCAGCCGGACUUUGCAUCAUCUUCAUCCAGCUCCAGUUAUUUUUCUCCAAGGAGGUCCAGGGAAGACUCUGAUCUUCCUUGCACCCCAGGCACUGGAUGCACACCAAGAUACAGCAUGAGCAGGCUGUCAAGCAACUGCAGGCAACAGCACCUGGCUAACCUGUCUUGCACGCCUGGAGGACGUGCACUCAUUCAGGAUAUGGAUGAACCAGUAGAGUACCUCUACACCGAUACAGAACAGGGCCAUAAGUUAAUUGAGACCCACAUUCCACCUACAGCUAACACCUCCCUGAGCUCCAGCAUGAGUACCACCAGCAGUGAGGAGACCAUACUUUAUGACUGGCGCUCCAUGCAGCCUGACAUAAUGGGCAACAGAGGAAAGGAGAACCAGAAGCCCCAGAUGGUACAACAGAAAGAGGAACAUGAUGAGGCUGAGGGCAGUUUGUUGUCAGAGGCCAAAGGGUUGACUGACAGGGAGCUGAGACUGAAGCUUCUAGAGCUGGGUCAGAGUCCAGGUCCUAUUAGUAGCCGUACCAGGCCCACCUACAUGCAAAGGCUCUGCCACCUGCUGCAGGAGUCAAAAACCCAGUCAAAACAUCAACAGAAGCAGUUACACCAGCUACAAACAGAUCUGGGUUAUAGUCCAGAAAUGUGUCGGGCCCUGCAGACAUUUGAGCUGCCUAAUUGCCAGGCUGAUGAGCAGGCUUUGUGCCAGCAGUUUGAUCAACCAGAUCAAAACAGAAAGUGGAGGGAAGGCAUCAUCAAGUCCAGCUUCAACUACCUGCUGCUGGACCCACGAGUGACGAAAAACCUCCCAUUUCGCAGCCAUACCAUGACUCCACAGGAGUGUUUCCAGACAUUUGUCCGUGCUAUAUUUUAUGUGGGUAAAGGAAAGCGCUCCCGUCCAUACAGCCACCUCUACGAGGCUCUAGAGUACUACAGAGGGGACAAGACCUCCAAGAAACUGUGCCCCAAAGUGCAACACAUCCUUCAAGUGUGGAACGCUGAGCAGGGCGUCAUCUCUUUGCAUUGUUUCCAGAAUGUCAUUCCAGUGGAGGCUUACACAAGAGAGGCCUGCAUGGUCGAGGCCAUUAGUUUGAAGAUGCUCACCAAUCAGAAGCGAGGGGAUUUCUAUGGCGUGGUGUCCAACUGGCAGGUGAAACGGAAACGGGAACUGGGUGUCCAUCUGCUCUACAGGGCCAUGCAGAUCUUCCUGGCCGAGGGUGAGAGACAACUCAGACCAGCAGAUAUCAGACAGUAGCGACCUCCACUGGAGAGGCAUAUGAAUAUAGCUAAAUAUCUAUUUGCACAGGAGGGGGAUACCACUAGCCUGGGGUAUAAAGCAAAUCUUGGUUAAGAAAAUUGCAAUUACUAGUUUGGUGGGGUUUAUAACACCGGUAUCGCUUGAGCUGUUAACAGGCAUUUUUUUUGUAUUUCCGCUAUAAAUAACCUCCAUCCCUCGAUCAGCAGAAUAUAGUUUGUCACACCUGGUAAUAUUUGCAUUCUUUGAACUUGCUAGUCAAGAUCAUCUUGCCUGUUUU